AUGGUAUCGAGAAAUCUCUUCUAUUACAAUUCGUGUCUGCAUUGCUGCAUCGUACGACACCGCGAGGCCCGACUGAUGUGGACCAAGCCUAUAAUCCAGUCUUGGAUCACCACCAGGUAUAUGCGUAAAUUUGAAGUGCUAAUCAGGACGUACCAGCCGACGCAAAAGGACUUGUUCCACAUGCUCGCUGGUAUGAAGACUCGGCUUAUGGUCGUGGGAAUGUAUCAUAGAACCUACGACAUUCUCUGGAAUGCCUUCGCAUACUUCAAGUUAUUGCAAGACAAAUUGACAGUAAUCAACGUUUCAGAAGGUAAUGAGUCGGUGGAAAGGCGUGGUAUUAUGUUUAUGGAGUAUUGCAAGCAAAUUUGUUUCGAGAUGGGAAAGAUUUCAGAACUGUAA